AUGUCAGGAAGUCUAAGGUUAAAUAUGGCAUAUGAAUUGGGGAGUAAUGAGGAGCAGGCUCCAGAAAAUAUACCCGAAGUUGCGAAUUUCGAUAAAUUCACAUCAGUAGACUGGAUUGACGAAGAACGACAUGCAUUGAUCAAGAAAGCUUUACCUUUGCGCGAUGAAUUUGAGAUCCCGACGUCCAGGUGGCACAGAUAUAAGCACUGGAUAUGGAGUAAAGGUAGUAGUUUUAUUACGUUAACUGCGAUUGGUCUCUUAAUAGGUGGAAUUGCAGGCUUUUUGCAGAUAUUUACCGAACUAUUAGUGAAUUGGAAGUCAGGUCAUUGUGCUCGUAACUGGUUAUUGAAUAAGACUUUCUGUUGUCCUAAGGAAUCUUUAGAGAAGAGGGGACUUCUUUUUGGAGCGUUUAAUACUGCCAGCACAGUUGCAGAUACCUUUGCGAAGCGAAGUCAAAGUAAAUGUAUUGAAGAUGGAAUCUGGGUAGAAACUACCAAUCCAAUACUAUCAUUUCUACUUUUCAUUUCUAUGUCUGUGGCAUUUGCGGUAGUAGCUUGUCUUAUGAUCCUACAUAUUGCUCCCUUUGCCACUGGCUCUGGUAUCUCAGAGAUCAAAACGUGGGUCUCGGGUUUCAAAUACACUAACGAAUUCUUGAACUUGAAGACUUUGAUUGUAAAAUCCAUUGCUCUUCCAUUGGCAAUUUCCUCUGGGUUAAGCGUUGGUAAAGAGGGGCCUUCUGUUCAUUAUGCUACUUGUUGUGGUUACGUUAUUACGAACUGGUUACUUGGGAAGGAGAUGUCAUUUUCUGAGCAAUCUGAAUAUUUAACAGCUGCAACCGCUGGAGGGGUUGCUGUUGCGUUCGGUGCUCCAAUAGGAGGUGUGCUAUUCUCUUUAGAAGAAAUGUCGUCCUCAUCUCACUUUAAACUUUCUACUCUCUGGAAAUCUUAUUACAUCGCAUUAGCAGGUAUCGCUGCUUUACAAUAUAUGAAUCCUUCGAGGAACGGGAAAAUCGUUGUAUUUGAGGUCAGGUAUGACAAAGACUGGUACGUUCAGGAAAUACCUAUAUUUAUUCUUUUUGGUAUAUUUGGAGGACUAUACGGUAAUUAUAUCAGUAAAUGGAAUGUUCACUAUGUUUCUUUCAGGAAGAGGUAUUUAUCCAGAUGGCCAUUACAAGAGGUAAUCAUACUAUCAUUGUUUACAGCCAUAAUCUCUUAUUUUAAUGAAUUUUUAAAAUUGGAUAUGACUGAAUCAAUGGGUUUCCUCUUUCAUGAAUGCCAAACCAGUGAUUCCUCCUCUUCUUGGUCCCAUAGGCUUUGUGAUGUUGACAAUGGUGGUUCCUUUUUGAAAUUCCUUAACCUUUUCUGCUCUUUAAUUUUUGCCACAGUUGUAAGGGCUUUACUUAUUGUUGCAUCAUAUGGGUGCAGGGUCCCAGCUGGGAUUUUUGUACCAUCGAUGGCUGUUGGUGCAACGUUUGGAAGAGCUGUCAGCUUGAUUGUCGAACGCUAUAUUACUGGCCCAAAUGUCAUCACCCCUGGAACAUAUGCUUUCCUUGGAGCUACUGCCGCUCUUAGUGGUAUUACAAACCUAACAUUAACUGUUGUAGUGAUCAUGUUUGAAGUUACGGGUGCUUUUACAUAUAUCCUUCCUACAAUGGUCGUUGUUGCAUUUACAAGAUUUGUGUUUUCUUCUUUUGGAGCUGAUGGUGGUAUUGCAGAUCAGAUGAUAGUAUUUAACGGAUUCCCAUUAAUGGAAGAACAAAAGGGGGAUCAUGAAUUCAUGGAAAAUUUCUUUGCAGAAGACAUUGUAACUCGCGAUUUGGUGUAUUUGGAAGAAACCAUGACCCGGGACUCACUUAUUAACAUAUUAGAAGGACCGGCUGCCACUAUUAGUACUCUACCAAUCUUAGAAAAAUUGGACUAUGGUAAACUAUCUUGUAAGGGGACGAUACUAACAAGAUAUAUUCGUAAUUACUUGGACACCGUUCCAGGCUCCCCAACUGACUUAAUAGACUUUAAAAAAAAUUCGGAACAUGAGUUAACACAAUUUGUUAACUUCACUCCGAUAUGCGUAAGCCCUUCGACGCCGUUAAGCAUACUAUUCAAACUAUUCCAAAAGUUGGGUUGUUCUUCUAUCGUGGUGGAGAAUGGUGGCGUUAUUAUGGGUUUGACAACUAAAAAAGACGUCGUCAGAUUUAUGAGGAUAAAGCAUAAAGAAAAUUUCGGUCCAUUAUAUGCUUUCGAUGAUAAAAUUGAUAAAAAAGCAUUCCACCUGAUAGAAUUCUGUAUAAGUAAGUUUGCAAGAAGGUAG